CCCGCUCUGCUGGUUCUCCUGGUGAUUCGUUGCUGCUUUGGCGGAACGCUCGCGAAACCCACUCGAACCUCGGAGCAACAUGAGCAAGUCCGGAACCCUGAAAGUGAAAAAGUUGUUCAAGCUCAAGUCUCCCGACAAGGAGGUGAAGGACCAGAAGCGCGCGAGGGAUGGAGAGGCCACCGCGCCCCGGGAGAGCUCGCUGUCCUCACCGCAGAGCCCCGACUCCGCCACGCUGCUCGGGGGACUCGCCCCGACUUCACCGCAGGAGAAGAAGGCCAAGCGGAUGCUGUCCUUCAAGCUGAAGCGAAAGAAGUCCAAGAAGAAAGGAGAGGAAGGUGGAGAUGUCUUCCUGUCCGAGGCUGACGAGCUGGACAGCUUCAGCAGCAGCAUGAGCUUUGACCAGAUGAGUGUUUCCACUGAGUGCAGUUUCCGGACUGACUCGGACUGGGACCUACAGUCGGAGUCCAACUCUGUGAUCAGCUUCGACAUGAAUCACCCGAUGAGUCCCAAGUCCUCCAAAUUCUUCAAGAAUGGGGAGGAGAAGAAAGGGAUGUUGGACCGACUCAGCAGUUUCUUCAACCCCAAAAGACGAAAAAGCCGGAACAGCCAGAAUUCCGUUUCUUCCAGCGAAGCCACCUCUCCGAAGUCCCCCUUGUCUCCACAAUCGCCAGAAGACGACGACCGGCUGAAGACUCCGACUCCUUCUGGAGAGUUUACGUGGCCUGGACAUGGCGAGGACAGCAACCAGAACACCAGCGGGUCCAGCAUGGCCUCGCUGCUCACCGACGACGCAGAUCUGCCGUUCGCCGACAGCAACAGCAGCGGCAGGAGCAGCGUGCGGGAGGUCAGCCUCAGCAGGGUGACGGCCAAGGGUGAAAGGAUUUCCGGGAAUGACAGCCCCUCUGCUCUGGACAUUGAUUCCUCGGCUGGUUUUGCCGAGUCAGUGGUGGAGGAGGUCAGCAAGAGGCUGCAGCUUCAUUUGGAUGACAAGAAAACAGAGGAGUCCACCAAGAACGCUGCCGUGUGCCUGUCUCCCACUUCUUUAACCAAGUCACUCGGGGGGCCAAGGUCGCCGAAUUUGACCUCUAUUAGCUUAGGGUCAAAGAAAACAGUUGUGAAGGUUGGAGAGAAGAGCCAUAGCAGCAUCCUGAAGGGGAUCACUUUUGGGUCACAAAAACAGGGGGAGAAAGGAGUGAGCAGUAAGUCAGUGACUCGGGGUCGGAUAUUGUCCAGAGAGAGCGUCACCACGCCAGAAAAGCAGCCCGAAGCAGAAUCACCUGGCCAUCUUCACAAAGCCAUUUGGGUGGAAACGCACCUGGGAGAGGAGGAGGACUGGGGGAGGGAGGUGGUGAAAGAAAAGGAUCCGAUGAGUGAAAGGGAGGAGGUCUCCAGAGCUGACUCGCCUCCCGUGCUGGCCGUACCUGUCACUGUUAUUCCUGAAGACGAGCCUGAGGGCACAGCACGCCGCUUUUCUUCCACCCUGGCACAGGGCGCCGGGCCAGAGUCUGCCUUGGCAGCAAUCGAAGGGGAGGUCCAAACACCACAGCCACAGGAACCUGUUACUGCAGUCCCAAGACAAACUUCCCUUCAGGAGAAAAGCAAAUCGGACGAAAUCCGAGUGACGCGCAAAACUGUGAAUUUGCCUUCAAGGAGCAAGGUUUUUGCUCACAAAGUGUACGUUAGCCCCGAGCCAAGUGAAGCCGAGGAUCAGCUGCCUGCAGGGGAUUACAAAAGAGACUCCACUUCAAAUACUCUGGACACAACAGUAGCACAGCGAUCGCCCAGUCUCCACCAAAACAAUGGGAAACCACAGGAAGCCAAUGCGAUCACAGCUGACAGAAGCACUCCUGAAGGUGUAGAAACCAGCGAGGACUCAGACGUCUUUGAUGAAACUUCAGAUAUGCAGCGAGCAAAGUCGCGGUCCACGGUGUCCAUGGGGCGAGCCAGUGGCACAGCCUCUAAAAGAGGUGGGAAGGCAGCAGCGGAGAGCAGAAAUGUCCCUGUCAGUGGACUGAAGACCCCGAAAUCAGCCAGUGGAGAGAAGGCCAAGAAUGUGACCACAGAGACAAAGAGCUCCAUAAAAGUAGGAGCCUCCGGUGACACGCCGCUGCUGAAGGAACAAAGCAGCAUUUCUAAGUCGGCAACAGUAAAGGACGAAACUCUACUCGGGUCAAAGUCCAGAAUCCCCAAAAGGCCAACAUCUGACACAGAUUUAAAAUCCCAGGAGACACCAGAUAAAUCAUUAGGAGCUGAUGACUCCAAAACACAGAAGCAAGCCAGAAACACCAGUGAAGCAAUGAAAGUAAAAGUAGAGCCUUCUCCUAAAACCACCAAAAAGAAGGUUAACCUGAAGCCAAGACAUGAUAAAGUCUCAGUUAAGAUGCUCAACGGUGGUGAGGAACACAGCACCGGGAAAAGCACACUGCAAACAGACACCGACGAUCCGGAUGCCAAGAAAAAACAGCAGCUGGAAAAAAGUUCCUUGGCAUCCCGGAGUCGGCUGCCGGUUUCAUCACCAGCCAGGAAGAAGAGCGAUGAGUUGCUGGAGACAGGUGAAGCUGAGGCUGGAAGAUGUUCAGAUGGAGUCAAAGAAAAGGGGUUUGGGGCACGAGUGGAGGGAGAGGUCAUCGAGAAAACACAGUCUGAAAGCACCAACAAAGGAGUGCUUUUGUCAAGCAAGACAUCCAAACAGGCUGCAGUGGUGGCCAACGGGCGGGAACCCAGUGACACACCUACAAAGACUGAGAAAGCAGUGUUGAAGCUGCAGAAACCCGCAGACAAACCCCUAAAGAAAGUGGCCAUGGACAAUAGCGAUGUCUCACCUUUGAGCAAACUUCCAACCAGAGGUCAGAGAAUCUUAGAUAAAUUAUUACCUAAAAAACAAGAGCCUCCCACCACUGAGGUUUCUGCUGCGUCCAAACCAAAAGAAGUCGCUGAAACCACUGCCAGAACAGCCGCUGGUGUUGCGGAUCAUUCAAAGGCUAGCAAUGAAACUCUCUGUAAACAGGAAGAGCAUGUUGAAAAACUAUCGAGCCACGAGCCAAGCUCUGCUGAGGGUGAGGCGGAAGUGAAGCAGGAAAGGGAACCGUUAGCUCUGAAUGAUAAUAUCACUGAAAAUGAGCCGAUAACAACAACACAAACUGAUGGAGAGCCUCAGUCUAUUGCAGGCGUUGUUGAUAUAAAGACUGAAGAGGAACCACAAGCUGCAUCUGAAGAGCGUCCAAAAGACACCAGUAAACCUGAAGGGCCUGAGCCAAAAACAGACGAUGCAGUGGUGGUGGAGGUAAACACAGAUAAAAGCAAUGAAGAUCUAAACCUGGAGAAAUGUCGACCAGCGGAACACAUGGAGAAGGAACCUGCUCAGGUCAACGUCACAGAUUCAUCACCUCAACACCUCCAAGGUGAGCAAACUGAACUCAGAGCAGAAAUGAAAACCUUUUUAAAUAGUUCGGAUCCUGAAGAUCAGAAAGCUGAAACCUCAGCCAACACGCCUGGUGAAGGUGAAAUACUUGAAACUCAAAAGACUGAUGUCAUCACAGCAAGUAAUGAGGUCAUUCAAAGUGAGGAGAAGGAAGAGUGUCGGGGACCAGAUGUUGAGAAGGCCACAGGCUUAUCAUCCCAACACGUCCAAGGUGAGCAAACCGAUCUGGGAGAUGACAUGACAACCAUUUCAAGUAGGUCUGAUCCUGAAGAUCCUGGAAUCUCAGCCAACAUGCCUGGUGAAGAUGUGCAAGAGGAGAGUGAAAUACCUGAAACUCAAACCGGUAACCUCAUCACAGAGAGUAAUGUGGUCAAGAGCGAAGCUUGUAGGGAUCCUGACGUUGAUGUUCAGUCAGAGCCUAUCGUUGUCUGUAAACCACCGCAGAAUGUUGAAAGUCAGCUGGACAAAGACGCCAUUUUACUAGACAAAGCACCAGAAGACUCAAAUGAGGAGAUGACUUCGGGGCAUGGCAGCGAGAAGGAUGAGCUCAACAUCGAGGCUAAGGAUGAACAAAAGCACUCCCCAGAGCUUGAGCCCCACGUGGAGGAAAAUGGCACCAAAGCGACGGAGAAUGUAGAGAAAACAUUCGAGUCUGUGAGCGAGGAAGAGAAAACUCUGGGUAUAAAAGAUACAGUGACACACAUUGAUCCUGUGGAUUCUCCGCAGACAAGUCCACCACCUACUGCUGAAGUUAGAAAUGAAAGCAGGACAAAAUCAGAUGUGGAGGACUCUCCCAAGUCCAAACAGGAGCAGGAAACACAGUCAGCUCAGCCUAAUGAAAGUAAAGUAGACACAUCCAGUUUAGUAGCUUCAAAGGGGGACAUGGAAAACCAGAUUAUAUUAUCUGAUGUGGCGAACCAUGAGCGAAGCCUCAACACAGUAUCUGAAAGCUCAACCUCUAAUGUCGAGCUGAAAGUGAACCACCAAAGUGAAUCUGAGGAUCAAACAUCUGAAGACGAAGAGGUUGCCAACCCUUACCCUGACCCUGUUCUUCAGGUGGCUCCUCAGAUGAAUGUUGACCAGCAGCCAUCAAUUGAUCAUCUCGAAGACAUGAAGGAGGCGGUGGAAAACUCUGGAUGUCUGCAGGCAGAUGUCAGUAAUGAAAGUCGACAAGAAGUUCUGGAAAACCAACAGUCAGUUGAAGCUCAUAAUGAAAUCAACAAAGAACAAAUCUUGGCAAGCGAAGAUGUGAAUGGAAACGAUCUGGUGAAGGAGCUGCCAGUCCGCGAGCAACACGAGAAGAUUCAGAAACCGAAUGACGAACAUGUAACAAAUGUUGAGGAUACAAUCCAGGACAGUGAACCUGAUGUUGCAGAGGGUGGUGUGAAAGAAACAGGGAGUGGAGAAGAUGCUGGAGUAACAACGCAUGUUGUUGAGGAUGAAGCAAAAAUGCGAGAUGACCAACAACCACUGGACACUCCCGUUGUUUCAGAUGCAACAUGUACUGGUACGAACGCAGAGGAAAACAGCAUUGAGCUUGUAACCUUCCCUGACGAAAUCGUCGCAGAAGAAGUUCCAGAUGAGCCAAAGCGCAUUGACGGUGUUGAGCUGAGUGCUACACGUGAGGAGGGUGCUGAAACAAACCUGGAGGUUAUGCUAACACCAGAGACAAGACAGGACUCUGAGUGUCGCAUGAGUGUUGAAGGAGACAAAGCCAUGACGCAAACUGAUCUGAAGUCGAAAGAUGUUGGUGAGGAGAAUGAAUCUGUACUCGAUACCAAGGUGAGAGCGGAACAGAAGUCUGAAGAGCCAAAUGACCUCAAGCCUGUUGAGAUCAGCAAUGUUUGGACUGAGGAACCCACAGAAAACAUUGCUGUAUCUAGUGUUGAAAUCCUGGAAAAUUCAGUUGUAGAUCAGGGUCGAGUUGACCAAAAUCAAAAAGAUCAGAAUGAAUCCAUGAGAGUGGAGCAGAAGUCUGAAGAAUCAAAUGACCUCAAGCCCGUUGAGAUCAGCAAUGUUCGGAUGGAGGAACCCACAGAAAAUAUCACUGUAUCCAGUGUUGAAAUCCUGGAAAACUCUGUUGUAGAUCAGAGUAAAGUUGACCAAAACCAAGAAGAUCAGAAUGAAUCUGUACUCGAUACCAAGGUGAGAGUGGAACACAAGUCUGAAGAACCAAAUGACCUCAAGCCCAUUGUUCGAAUGGAGGAACCCACAGAAAACAUCAAUGUAUCCAGCGUUGAAAUCCUGGAAAACUCUGUUGUAGAUCAGAGUAAAGUUGACCAAAACCAAGAAGAUCAGAAUGAAUCCAUGAGAGUGGAGCAGAAGUCUGAAGAAUCAAAUGACCUCAAGCCCGUUGAGAUCAGCAAUGUUCAGAUGGAGGAACCCACAGAAAACAUCACUGUAUCUAGUGUUCUGGAAAACUCUGUUGUAGAUCAGAGUAAAGUUGACCAAAACCAAGAAGAUCAGAAUGAAUCCAUGAGAGUGGAGCAGAAGUCUGAAGAAUCAAAUGACCUCAAGCCCGUUGAGAUCAGCAAUGUUCAGAUGGAGGAACCCACAGAAAACAUCACUGUAUCUAGUGUUCUGGAAAACUCUGUUGUAGAUCAGAGUAAAGUUGACCAAAACCAAGAAGAUCAGAAUGAAUCUGUACUCGAUACCCAGGUGAGAGUGGAGCAGAAGUCUCAAGAACCAAAUGACCUCAAGCCCGUUGAGAUCAGCAAUGUUCGGAUGGAGGAACCCACAAAAAACAUCAUUGUAUCUAGAGUCGAAAUCCUGGAAAACUCUGUUGUAGAUGAGAGUAAAGUUGACCAAAACAAAGACGAUCAGAAUGAUGAAGUGUCAGUGCAGAAGGUCAGAGCGGUCGGCGGCGGCAAAGACGAGUCAAAACCUGUGCUAAAUACAAUUGAAUGUAAAUCUCAUACGACUUUGUUGGUUGCUCCAACUGCUGAGAAAAAAAUUGUAAAAGUACCGGACUCCCUGAAACUCGCUCCAAGCACGAGUCAGUUGCAGCUUCAGAGUGAAGCUCCCUCGAGCUGGCUGGACGUGGAACACAGUCGUAAGCAGAAGAAAGAAAGCAAAAAACGAAUCAACAUGUCGGCCAGCGAGGACGAAUCUGUGGACGAGGAUGAUUUGGACGACUUUAUCCGGAGCAUCAAAGAAGGCGGCAUUCCUUUCUCACUGCCUCCGAAACGCCACGUUCGGAAGAAAUCUCCCUCCCCUCCGUUUGCUAUGCCGGCCAUCAAAGAAGAUCAUUUCGAGAAAGCGUUCGAUCCUGCCGAAUUUCAGUUCGGCCUACGGAAACAAGGCAGAAGCACCAGAGAUCCUUCACCGGCAAUGGUCAUCAAACAAAACGCAGCCAACAGAGAAGGGAGGUCAGCGGAGAAACGUGGACAAGAUCACUCAACACCACCACCUACUGACCAACCUGACUCGCAUGCCAAGGUCAACGGCAAGGUCGAAGCUGCAGUCGUGGCAGAAGAGGAGAAGAGAGAGAUUCCAGAGCUACCAAAGAGACAGUCCCGUCUAGAAAGGAUGUCAAUUCUGUCCAGCUUGCUCAGUUCCCCACAAACCUCCAGGAAGGGUCAGAAGGAAGCAGCCUCAGAUUUACACAGCCCACUUUCUCCAAACAACCACGAGGGGUCGACCUCGUUUGGACUGAUGACUGUUGAGCCACAGGUGAAUGGCGCCCGGACAGAUCAUGAGGAUGUGAAAGUUCGAGGUCCAAGUGAAGAAGCAGUGGACGGGUCCACGGUCAGCUCCACCUCCCCGGCCCUCAAGGUGAGCAAAACAGAGCCGACAACAACCACCACAACUAAACAGACUCUCAACACAACGGUUGACCUGAACCAAAAGAGUAAACAAGAGAAGAAAGUCUGGGGGAACCGUUUUCUCCCCGACAACAACGUCCGGAAGAAUUUGCCGAAGAAGCUUUCACAGAAGAAGGUUCCUGCAGUAAGAGGCUUCCACAAAAGACCUGGAAAGAUUGUCAUACAUCAGCGUGGUGCGUUUGAAGGAGAAGCGUUUGAAAUCCACGGUGAUUUAGAGGAUGCCACUGCACUGAAGCUGUCCCCGGUCAUAUCUGUGAGGGUCGUCCGAGGAUGCUGGCUUCUCUAUGAGAAACCCGGCUUCCAGGGGAGAGUGAUUGCCCUGGAGGAGGGUCCCACUGAGCACCUGGAGAACAUGUGGGCAGAAGAGGAAGCUCCCAGCACCCCAGACCAGAUGGGUCAACCAGCAAAGUCACCGAUGGUUAUUGGUUCUCUACGACUGGCAGUCAGGGACUACACUUUCCCAAGAAUCGACCUGUUUGCAGAGGUCAAUGGAAUGGGGAGAGUGAUGUCAUACUGCGACGACACAGUGGAGAUCGGCUCCUAUGGGCUUCCUCAGACUACUGGCUCCAUUAAAGUCCAUUCUGGAGUGUGGUUGGUGUACAGUGAUCCCGGGUUUGGGGGGUUUUUAGCCGUGCUGGAGGCUGGAGAGUACCCCUGUCCCGAGGCCUGGGGAUUCCCCCAACCCUUCGUUGGCUCAAUCAGACCUCUCAGAAUAGGGCCGAUCCGGGUCGAACGUCCGAAGGAGGUUAAGGCAAUACUGUACGAGAAACCCGACUUCACUGGAGAGACUAUUGAAGUGGACCAGGAACUGUACGACCUGAGCACAGAGCUGGACGAUGAACAAAGCAGGAGGACGCUCCCGACAGUGGGGUCCCUGAAGAUCCUGGGUGGUCUGUGGGUUGGAUACCAGGAGGCUGAGUUUGCGGGGCAACAGUACCUCCUGGAGGAGGGGGAGUAUCCUCACUGCAGCGACUGGGGAGCGUCAGAGGACGGACUGCUGUCACUGCGGCCUCUUCUCACGGAUUUUCUCUCCCCACAUAUGAAACUCUACUCUGAGAAGAACCUGGACGAACUGGGCCUUAGUGUGAACGUGAUGGGUCCGGUUCUCAACACAGAGGAGAUGGGCCACGGGAUGAAAACGCAGUCUGCUAACGUCAUGUCGGGAGUAUGGGUGGCCUUUGAGAAGCCUGGCUUCAGUGGUGAGCUCUACGUGCUGGAGAAAGGCCUGUACUUGCAGCCUGAAGACUGGGGAGCAGCGAACUACAAGAUAGCGUCCAUACAGCCAGUCUUCUGUGAUCCACUGAUGGGGGCGCCGUCCAAGGUGCAUCUGUUCUCCGAGCCGGACUUCCGAGGUCGGCGGCUGGUUUUAGAAGACAGCGCAGCAGCUCUAGAAGAAGAAUUCCAUAUCCAGUCAUGCAGGGUUCUGUCAGGAAGCUGGAUUUUCUUUGAAGGCGACCAGUUCACAGGGGAAACGUACCUGCUGGAGGAGGGCGAUUACGCCAAUCCAGAGCUGAUGGGCUUCCAGUCUGCAGACUCCAGAGUUCGCUCCGUACAGAUUGUCGGACAUGAGUUGUCUCUACCUUCCGUGGUGCUGUUCAGCAAAGUCGGCUGCCGAGGGCGCCGCCUGGUGUUCAGAGGCGGAGCUGUCAGUCUGCUGCAUGGGGGAUUUGAUGCACACAUACGCUCCCUAGUGGUGGAGGGCGGCGUGUGGGUUCUGUACGAAGGCAGUAACUACCGAGGCCGGCAGGUUCUGCUGCAGCCCGGUGAAGUUACUGACUGGUUCAAGCUCACCGGUUGGAGCAAAGUCGGAUCUCUGCGGCCGCUGAUCCAGAAACCUGCCAACGUCCGUCUGCGCAACAAGGAGUCAGGAGGUUUGAUGUCACUGACCGGAACGCUGGACGAUGUCAAGCUGAUGAGGGUCCAGGCCUUGGAGGAGACCAGGGGGAUCGAGCAGGUGUGGCUCUAUCGAGACGGUCACCUCUCCUGCAAGCUGCUGGAGGACUGUAGCCUGGAGACCUCCGGCACCGUGCUGAUGGCCGGCUGCCGGCUGUGUGUUUCACCCGAGCGAGGAAAAGAGAACCAGCUGUGGAACAUCAGUGCUGACGGUCGGGUGCACAACCACCUGAAGCCUGAUCUGGUGCUGGAGGUCAAAGGAGGCCAUCAGUACGACAAGAACCAAGUGAUUCUCAGCUCAUUUGACGAAAGGAAGCUGAGUCAGCGCUGGACUGUAGAGGUUCUCUGACCACAGACAUUGCUAGUUCAAGGAAUUCCUUUUUUUUAUAUAGAACAUGUUUGACAUCUACCACCAGACCUGGAGAUGUAGAUCCCUUCACUCACUAGCACCAGUUUAGCUGUGUGGCAUGAAUCAAAUGUGAACUGUACAAAAUGAAGUCUUGCCUCCACUCCAAAGAUUUUUGUAACUCCACUGUACAGUUUUGAUAAGUUUUUAGGAUAAAUGUGUGUAGAUAGCAACGUGGAUCAGCAGUGAUGAAUAUGCUGCCAGAUUUUGUAAAUAUGUACAAGAGAAAUCUGUUACAGAAUAAAGUAAAAUAAGA